AUGUCGGCUCCGGGAGCGGAUAGACCAUGGACACCAACACCGGGAGCAGAUAGACCGUGGACGUCAACAACUUCUGAGACCGCUGUGCCUGGCGACUCCAGUCACUCGGAAACUCCACCCUUAGGCGAGGAGCCAUUCGAAGGCGAAGGCGAAGGCGUGGGCUUGGAGAAGGAGCUCAAGCACGAAGAGAAAGUCGUCGAUUACGGAGGCGUAGAGGAACGCAGUUCCCAGGAUGGAAGUGACUUGGAGAGGAAACAGCAGGAGCCUCACAUCGAGCGAACAAGAAGUAAUUGGACCACGGCCACAGGUACCAGUUACGCUGCAACGGAGUCUGACGAAGGCGCCCACGCGUCGACACCACGGAAACGGAGAUGGAGCGAACGACUCAAUCCAUUGAGGCACCGAGAACGAAUGCCUGUGCCCGAUGAACGCCAGCCGUCGCGUGAGCACCAAGCGGGAUUCUUCAGCAUCUUGACCUUCCAAUGGAUCUCGCCGCUGAUGGGCGUCGGCUACAACCGGCCACUGGAAUUGAAUGAUGUUUGGGCCGUGAAUCCAGACAGAAGGGUAGAGGUGAUGCAGGAUAGACUUUUGGCAUCCUUGGAAUACCGCAAGGGUCGAAAAGAUUGGUUUUCGCCCUUGUCCAUGGCAUUGUACGACACCUACAAGACGGAAUUCUGGAUCGGCGGAACAUGCAAUCUGAUCGCGUCAUGUCUUCAGGUCCUGUCGCCCUUCACCAUGAGGUACUUGAUUGCGUUUGCAGGCAAGGCGUACGCUGCUUCGGUUGGGCGAGGAACCGCUCCCCAUAUCGGCGAAGGAAUCGGCUUGGUGCUGGGCAUCACCGGCAUGCAAAUCAUCCAAUCAAUGUGCACGAACCACUUCAUAUAUCGCGGUAUGAUGGUAGGCGGGCAAUGCCGUUCGGUCCUCAUCUCGGUCAUCUUCGAAAAAGCGAUGAGAUUGUCGGGCCGUGCGAAAGCAGGCGGUGCGACGGACGAGCCCCAAGAAAAGCCUGGGUGUGAACCUGGCAGCAAGCAAGAGAAGGCAUAUCUCCAGAAGAAGCUUCAAGAUGCACAGAAGUCGAAGGGCCAGAAAAGGGGCGUUGCCGGUGAUGGUCAAGGCUGGGGAAAUGGGCGCAUUGUCAACCUCAUGUCCACCGACACCUACCGCAUUGAUCAAGCCGCCGGUAUGGGCCACAUGGUAUGGACGGCGCCGAUCCAGAUCGUGCUGACCCUGGCGCUUUUGUGCAUCAACUUGACCUACAGCGCGCUUGCUGGCUUCGCAUUCAUCUGCCUGAUAAUGCCUUUACUGGGCCGUGCCAUUAAAAGCUUGAUGGCUCGCCGCACCGUCAUCAACAAGAUCACCGAUCAGCGUGUCAGCCUCACGCAGGAGAUCAUAUCCUCGGUUCGCUUUGUGAAGUAUUUCGGCUGGGAAACGAGCUUCCUUGGACGAGUGCAAGAAAUUCGGACUCGUGAAAUAAACAAGGUCUCGUUUCUCUUGUCCAUUCGCAACGGUAUCAUGGCCGUGUCCAUGUCGAUUCCAAUUUUUGCAUCUAUGCUCGCAUUCAUUACCUACUCACUUUCGCAGCACGCUCUGAACCCAGCACCGAUCUUCUCGUCCCUGGCGCUUUUCAACGCUAUUCGCAUUCCGCUGAACUUCCUUCCCAUGGUUCUUGGACAACUCGUGGAUGCCAAUGCUUCUCUUGCGCGAAUCACAGAGUUCCUGGAGGCGGAAGAAAUUCGUGACGAGGCUGUCUGGGAGAAGGGAGCCAAGUACGCAAUCGAGAUCAAGAGUGGAGAUUUCACUUGGGAGCGCAAUACCAGUGAUAGCGCAGAAGGGGUACCUGGUCAGGCGCCGAAAAGCAUUAAGCAAAUGAAGCAGGAAAAGAAAAAGGAUAAAGCCAAGGCAAAAGAAGACAAGAGACGAUCCAAGGCUCUUUCGAAGGAAAAAUUGGACGAGCUUCCACCCAGUCCGACCACGACUGUAGGCAGCUCAAUUGACGAAGAGGAGAAGAAGCCUUUCGAGAUCAAAGAUGUCCAUCUCACUGUCGGUCGUGACGAGCUUAUUGCCGUCAUCGGUUCAGUUGGAUCUGGAAAGAGUUCGCUUCUCGCAGCCCUUGCUGGUGAUAUGAGGAAAACAAACGGAAGCGUCACGUUUGGUGCAAAUCGGGCCUUCUGUCCUCAAUAUGCCUGGAUUCAGAACGCGACAGUUAAGGAAAACAUCAUCUUCGGCAAACAAUUUGAUCGCAAAUGGUACGAGAAGGUCGUCGAUGCCUGUGCACUACGACCUGACCUAGACAUGCUGCCCGCUGGUGAUCUGACGGAGAUUGGUGAGCGAGGUAUCACUGUCUCCGGUGGUCAGAAACAACGCUUGAACAUCGCCCGAGCAAUAUAUUUCAACGCCGACAUUGUGCUGAUGGAUGACCCUCUUUCAGCUGUCGACGCCCACGUUGGCAAACACAUCAUGGACAACGCCAUCUGCGGUCUUCUUGCAGGCAAGGCUCGCGUGCUGGCCACACAUCAGCUACAUGUUCUGCAUCGCGUUGACCGCAUUGUCUGGAUGAAGGAAGGCAGGAUACACAAGAUCGCUACUUUCCCAGACUUGAUGGCUCAUGAUAUUGAGUUCCAAAAACUCAUGGAAACUACAGCCACCGAAGAGAAGAAAGACGAAGAAGAGCAUGCAAAUGAAGAUGAGAUUGAGGAAGAGAAGAAGGACAUCAAGAAGAGGAAAGGCCGUAAAGCUGCUGCCGCCUUGAUGCAGCAAGAGGAAAAAGCUGUUGACAGCGUUGGGUGGAACGUCUACAUGGCUUACAUCAAAGCAGCUGGCUCCAUUAUGGUCGCACCCGUCAUCGUUGGCCUUUUGAUCAUCUCACAAGGCGCCAAUAUCAUGACAAGUUUAUGGCUGUCAUAUUGGACUUCACAAAAGUGGGGCCUGCAGCUCGGCACCUAUAUUGGCGUUUACGCGGCUCUUGGAGUCAUUCAAGCACUUCUGAUGUUCGCCUUCUCGGUGGUACUCACCGUAUACGGUACCAAGGCCAGCAAAGUCAUGCUUCACCGUGCCAUGACGAGAGUGCUCCGAGCACCCAUGUCCUUCUUCGAUACCACUCCUCUUGGCCGCAUCACGAAUCGCUUCUCCAAGGACGUUGACACCAUGGACAACGUUCUGACAGACUCCAUUCGCAUGUUCUUCCUCACCAUGGUCAUGAUCGUUUCUGUUUUCAUUCUUAUUAUUGCAUACUACUACUACUUUGUAAUCGCGCUGGUCCCGCUGACCGUGCUCUUCGUAUUUGCUGCCAAUUACUAUCGGGCAUCAGCACGAGAGCUGAAACGACACGAAGCUGUUUUGCGAAGCGUCGUCUUCGCUCGCUUUGGCGAAGCUGUUCAAGGCAUCUCAACAAUUCGCGCAUACGGCGUACAAAGACAAUUCGCAAAGAGCGUCAACGCAUCGGUCGACUCCAUGGACGGCGCUUACUUCCUUACAUUCGCAAAUCAACGUUGGCUGUCCACGAGAUUGGACGCACUUGGCAACAUUCUGGUCUUCACCGUCGGAAUCCUCGUCGUUACCUCCCGAUUCUCCAUCAACCCAAGCACAGGAGGCCUGGUUCUUUCCUACAUUCUCUCUAUUGUGCAGAUGAUUCAGUUCACAGUCAGACAGCUGGCUGAAGUCGAGAACAACAUGAACAGUACAGAGCGUAUCCACUACUACGGAACCGAGCUUGAAGAGGAAGCACCACUCCACCUCGGCGAUGUACCCGCAUCCUGGCCCGAACACGGAGCCAUCGACUUCGACAACGUUCAAAUGCGGUAUCGCCCCGGUUUACCUCUUGUACUGAAGGGCCUGACAAUGCACGUUCGCGCUGGCGAGCGUAUCGGAGUCGUUGGUCGCACCGGAGCAGGAAAGUCAACAAUCAUGUCCGUCCUCUUCCGACUCGUCGAACUAUCCGGAGGAAGCAUCAGCAUCGACGGCAUCAACAUCGCCACAAUAGGCCUCCACGACCUCCGAUCCCGUCUAGCAAUCAUCCCUCAAGACCCAACCCUCUUCCGCGGCACAAUCCGCAGCAACCUUGACCCUUUCAACGAACACACCGAUCUCGACCUCUGGAACGCCCUCCGCCAAGCCGACCUCGUCGGCGAAGACCAAAACAUCAACGACGAAGCCGGCCGCAUCCACCUCGACACUCCCGUCGAAGACGAAGGCCUCAACUUCUCCCUCGGCCAACGCCAACUCCUCGCCCUCGCCCGCGCUUUAGUCCGCGGCUCACAAAUCAUCAUCUGCGACGAAGCCACUUCCUCCGUCGACUUCGAAACCGACCAAAAGAUCCAGAAAACCAUCGUGAGGGGUUUCAAGGGCAAGACGCUACUUUGUAUCGCGCAUCGGCUCAAGACUAUUAUUGGUUACGAUAGGAUUCUUGUGAUGGAUUCGGGGAAUGUUGCGGAACUGGAUUCUCCUAUUCGGCUUUAUGAUCGAGGGGGGAUUUUUAGGAGUAUGUGUGAUCGUUCGGGGAUUCGGAGGGAGGACUUUUUUUGCGUCUGAGGAGGUGAGGGUUGCUGCUGAGAGUCUCGAGAUUGAGAAGACGGUGUCGGAGGUUGUUGGUUUAUCGAAGUGAUGUAAUACAGAAUGAGAUGAAGGUUGGAUACAGGAUAAGACUGGGGGGGGGGGGGGGUUGACAGAUACAGGAAUUUUGGUAUCAGGGUGAGAUCAAUAUGGCGUUUGAAAAAUUUGCUUGGAUGAUGAAUCAUGAAUGUUAUGAGGAAAUUUGCAUAGCGAGGGGGUUGAGUCGAUUGUUGAUGUAUAGAAAAGAUACUACUGU